GGGGGGGCGCUUCCCACAUCAACAACCCGCAAGCAAGUGCCCUUCGGUGGGAGGCAGGUGGCCGCCUCUGCCGCCUGCCUGCUUGCCUCUUGGAGCCGGCCGGCCGGCGAGGCGGGCUUGCUUCUUGCUUCUCACCGCGGGCGCUCGGCGGGCGGCCAGGAGGCGGCGGUGAGAGCGGCUGGCUGGCCGGUUUCCCCCUUCCCGCCCUGCGGCAACUGGGAACGUCGAGGCGGCGGCGGCGGUUCGGCGGCCCCUUUAAGGCUGAGGCCGGCGUAACGCGAUCCCGCAGUGGGCGCCUGUCGCGGCUGCCGCAGUAGCAGCAGCAGCAGCGGAGGAGGCCGUUUCCGCCGGAGAAGCCGCGCCGCGUGGGCGUGUGAGGGGCUUUUCCCCCGCCGCAGGGACCCGCCAGGAGGGAUGGCAGGGCCGCCCGCCCGGCCGCGGUGAGACUUCAGGUGAGCAGCGGGGGAGGGGGAAUGCUUCUCCCAUCUACAAACGGGAGAAGACGUGUCUGGGCACCGGGUCGUGUGUCGGGCGCGUAGGCCCCUUGCGCGGCGUGUCCGGGGAUGCCGCCUUUCUCUCGGCGCGGCUGUAGACACUGGUGCGCGGCGCGCGCUUCUGGGCGAGUGCUAUAGGGCUUAUUAAAUGCAGAGGGGAGCCAGCGGGGCGCAGGUGAGGAUGCGCGCAAGUCGCGCAGCGCCGCCGGAGAGGGAGGCGAAAUGCCGUAGCAACCUUUCCGCGCACGACACACACACACAACCGCCUCGCUCCCCAGUGCGUUGUGUGGCUAAGGGAAGGAGCAGCACCUGCAAUUGCUGGAUCGGGGGCGCGCGGGUGAAAAGGUGAGGGAGUCUCGGGGUGGGUGGGAGGAACUGUUUCUGCAAGGAGAUCCCUCUUCUUCAGGCCUCUCUUUUCUUUCCUAUUCCCAGCACCAUGCCUGACUUUGGUUCCCUCCCUCUCUCCUGGGGACUGAAAAUGGGGCGCUGCUGGAGAAGAAACGAGAAAAGGGCAGGACCAGGAGUCUGGUUGAAUUACUAAGGACAAAGAUAACUGACGCAUAGGAUCCAGCGCUUAGGGGACAAGGCCCCUUCUGCAGCCCCAAUAAAAUAUUUGAGGGGGCUGCCCCCCUCAAAAAAGGUGAUGAACAUUGCCAUUCAAAUGGUGGGUGGGUGCCAUGUCAUGUGAUCAAUUGUGUGUGGUGGGGCUUACUUGCCCCUCCCCCAUAUUUUAUUAAAGUUGGCACCCCUGUAAACAAGGAGAGAGGGCCCAGAUACCAACCACAAAUUGAGUGUUAACUGUAGCUUAGGCUGUGCUGCUGUUUCCCUGCUUUGAAAGUGGCCUGUCCGCUUUGAAACAAUGCACCAAAGAUUCGGCCCAGACUUCUUACACUUUUGGACUUCAAUGCUUUUAAGUACCGCACAAAUUUAUUUACAUCAGGGGGAGACCGCUUCCUGGGCAUUCCAAGUAGUAGCGGAUAAUGCUGAUUACUUGGAUCCAUUCCAGCCGGAUUUCUGACCUGAUACGGGGACAGAAACAGCCUCGUCAUAGUGGUGGAUGAUGCUAGGAACGGACCAGGUUUGCACUCAAUGCUGUUAGUACUCCUGGAUUGCUCAAUAGCCUUGGAUUCCAUUGUCUAUGGUUUCCUUCUGGAAUUGGGAGCCAUUUCUAGAGGGGCAAGCCCAGAAAGUAGGGCUGAGAGACACCUGCUCCACCCUGUGGCCUUUUGGGUGCUUCAGGAUUCCAUCUUAUUUCCCAUGCUUUUCAGCAUCUAAAUGAAGCUGUUGACUGAACUGACCCAGAGGUUUGAACUUGUUUAUAUCAUGCCUUUCCUCUGAGGAGCUCAUGGUUCUCCCCAUUCACAUUUUGUACUUACAGUGUAAAGUAGUUUGGGCUGAGAGUUGAUGGUUGGCCUGAGGUCAUUCACCUGUUCCUCACUGAAUGGGGAUUUGAACCUCAGCCCUCACUAGUCUUCAUCCAGCACUACGACUACUACGCUACACGUUAAAAAUGAGAGAAGGCACAUCCUCCCACUUCCUGCUGGUGUUGCUCAAACUACUAUUUACUGCUUCCCAAGUUUGUGCCAAAGGCUGCUGUGUCAUCACCUGCUUGUCCCAGGGAAGCUGCGGAAGUCUUGAACAGUGUCUGGAGGUAGCAUGUGAUGGCUGAGGGCAAACAAGCUGGCAUUUAGAUAAGACAGGUGUAAUGUGAGUGGAGAAAUGUGAUCUGGGUGAAGGUGUGUGUCACUGGUGUUGUAUUGGGUUGCACUUCUUUUGAAGGGCCAGGUGCAUACCUUGAGAGUGUGACAAGAGGUGUGAAGGCCAUGUGAUAAGAGCCUGCAACACCAAUUCUGCACCAGCUGCACUGGCUCCUAAUGCACUUCCAAGCUCAAUUUCGAAUGCUAGAUGUUACCUUUUUAAAAGCCUAAACAGCUUGGGGUCAGGUUAUUUAAAGGACUAUCUGCAGCAGCCUUUAAGAUUGGCUGUAGAGGCCCUGCUCUUGGAUUUACCCGUAAGGUUUGUCAGGUUGUCAAGCUGUGUGGCUCCACAGGAACUGUUUCUGUUUCCCUCAUUACCUGCUUUUAAGUACAGUGGUACCUUGGGUUACAGACGCUUCAGGUUACAGACUCCGCUAACCCAGAAAUAGUACCCCAGGUUAAGAACUUUGCUUCAGGAUGAGAACAGAAAUCACGAGGCGGUGGCACGGCAGCAGCGGGACGCCCCAUUAGCUAAAUGGUACCUCAAGUUAAGAACAGUUUCAGGUUAAGAACGAACCUCCAGAACGAAUUAAGUUCUUAACCCGAGGUACCACUGUACACUUUAAUAAUCUGGUUGUUUACACCAACUUUUUACUGAGUCAUAAUGCCAUUGUAAUUUUAAUCUUUGCUGUCAUUUGAUUUCUGGUUUUCAUGUGGUUAUUACUAUGCAUUUUAUUUUUGAAUCUGUUUUAUGAGUGUUAUUUUGAACUGCCUCGAGAGAAUGCCAUAGUUCUCAAAGGCAGUAUUUAAAUCUUUAUCUAUUAUGUGGUAUAAUUUAGUGGCGCUGUAGAAUACUUAGUGUCUGGUCAGUCAAGCCACACUAGUAUUAUUGUAGCCUAUUUACUUUUCUGUGUCAAGCCUGUUACUGAAGUGCUGCCUUCAAGUUUCAGUUUUCCAAGUGAGAAAAUACUUUCUAUCACUGCUGCCAUAACUGAGUAUUGCCUUGCUGCUUUCUAUAUACUAAUUCCACAUGGGUCUUUUGAUGCUAAUCUCUUACUAGUUUUAUAUUUGUUUGAAUCAAUGCGCGUGGGGGAGGGGAACCCUUCUAUUUCUGUUUCUUUGUUAAUAUCAUUCUCCUUUGCUCUUCAUAUGUAAAAGUCCAGUGUCUAUAUAUGGUUAUUUAGGAAUAAUUCCUACUGGGGCUUACUCUCAGGUAAGUAUGCGCAUAGGCUGCUUUAAGGUUUAAAAUAUAUGUGAAUUUCUUCAGGAAUUAUAUUGCUUCUAAUCCGCAGUGCAUAUGUAGUUCCCCAUAAUUAAGACAUCUUUGGGAACCUGAAAUGCUGGCAAUAAGCAGGUGCUAGGAGAUAAUGUAAACAAAAUGAAUGCAAUGAUUGUAAGGUAAAAUGUCUUUUGAAUAUGGACAGUUUUGGAUUGGAGCUGUUGGGAUGAAUGCCUUUAUUUAAUUCCUUUGCAUGAGGCAUAAUUAUGUUUGGAGAGGAGAUGAUGGUGCAAAGAAAUGAUAUUUGGGUAGUUUCCUAUUUUCUUUGAAACCUGUUUGGUAGGGUACUUCCAUUUGACUGGGCAGCGUGUCAUGGAAUUUUUUCUUGUCCUUUGAACUUUUCGCUCUUGUAAUUUUAUCCACAGGAUAUUGCUUCUCUUGAUCACAUUAUCAGUCUGUAUUGAUGUCUUUAGUUUGGUCAUAGCUUAUUUGGUUGCCUUUUUCUUUAAAACUGUGGUAUCUCGGAGGGCCUUAGCAGUUUUGGACCAGCCAGUUGCGUUCUAAGGGAGAUUUGGAAUUCAAGUUCUAAGGUCCAUGAGUAAGACUUGUUAAAUUUUUUUUUAUUUCAACAAAUUUCUAUAUUGCAGUAGCUGGGCAGUACUUCAGGGUGAUUUACACAAAAAAUAGUAGAAAGCAGCCCUGCCUAAAACAGGUUGUUUACCACCUACUCAUUAUCAUUGAAAGUAGCUCAAAAUAAUUGUCUGAUGAUAUGGAGUUGGAAUAUUAGGUAUAGGUUUAACAUUGCCUUUGAUUUUUGUGUAACUUUUACAGCCUAAUCCUACUCAUAUUUAUUUGGAAGUAAAUUUGUCCACCGCUACUAGACUCUUUUUGAAACUUAAGUGCAAUCCUAUACAUAUCUACUCAGAAGUAAGCCUCAGUAAAUUCAAUAGGACAUGCACUCAGGUAAGUAUAUACUGUAUAGGACUGCAGCCUAAUUAUUCAUAGGGUUACAGUGUAACAGUUCAUUCAUAAGCACUCUGGAACAAAAAAAAAGGCUGCUUUUGGUAGCUAGUUAAAAAUCUGUGCUUACUAGAGAUUCUAAGUGUUAAUAAUGUUUAAAGGUAUUACUGUAUUCUAUAGUUUAAAAAUGGUAUACGUCUAAUGUUAUUGGUGUAGUGUUGCUCGAUAGGAUUGGAAAUAAGCAUUUGUUCAAACAAACAGAACUGGUGCACAGUAAAGGUGCACAGGGCACUAACAAAAUAAACUGCCUGUAUAGCAUCAUUUUGCAUUUGGGAGAAACAAUUCAGAAGGGAAAAAUUGUACAGAAGGCUGCUUCUGCACAUAUAUUUCAGCUUUGGGUUUUAUGGAUCAACAGGAAGCCAUUAGCUUAGGGAGAAUAUUGGUGGCAUUAAGAAUUUUGCUGAUUAUAGUUGGAUAGACCAUGACUUUAUAGUUACUAAGUCAGCCCUUAGUUUUAAAAAAGCAGACUGGAUCCACUCAGUGACAAUUCAUGCUAGAUCUAUUAAUUAUUUUCAGUUCAAUCUUGCCAUCAGGUUUGCAUGGGGAAUUGGCAAAAUGGUAAAAACAGAGUUAGCUAAAAAGUGGUGCUCUUAGCACAGAAUUGAUAAGCAUACGUCCCAUAUAAGGAUCUGUGCUCCAAACUUUGUUUUAUGGUUUUGAAUCAUAUACUUUGAACACAAGCUAAACACAAUCAUGUGUGUUCCAGAUUUUGUUUGCUUUGCCUAGCAGAUUAAAUCAAUGCACCUUGAAAAAAACAUUAUCUCAUUUGUCAACACUCUUUGGAAAUUGUUUCUUAAUAAGGUCUGUAAAUUGCCCCCCAAAGAACCUCAUUUGAUUUCCUGCUGAAAUUAGAAAUUGUCUUACAGGGUUGUGAUCUAGCCUCUCGGGGUUAUGGCUAAUUGAUACAACACUGUUUUGGUAGGCUGCACAAAUCAUGUCUGUUAAACAUAUUUAAUGUAAAGCAUAGAUACUCUUCCAAGUUAUAGACUCUGUUUUUUAUAGGUCUAAGCCUAGUUCUUAUGAAGUGCUUUUAAUCUGCAUCAGGGAUUUUCAAAGUAUUAUAGGGAACCUUGGGCUUUUCUGGAGGUUUAUUAAGCUUCACCAAUAAGAUCAGUAAUGGAGGUUCCUUCACAUCACUAUUGAUCCUACCCUGUAAUUUACAACCACUUGAGAGUGUUGGGUGUAUCCUAGGAUGCACUUUCGGUUCAUGCAGGACAACAUUUAGCUUUAUGAAAUGCAGUUAACACUCUGUACCUCUAGAACAAAUAGGCUUAGAAACUCGGAUAUAUAAGUUAGACACCAAAUGGCACCUUAAACCUAGGUUACGGUCGCCACAACGGAAUGUCUACUCACCAGGGAGUUUGACUCGCUGACCCUUGGGGUCCCUUCCAACACUACAGUUCUAUGAUUCUAUGAUCUCAACAACAUCGCUUGCUCUUACAGCAAUUCACUUGUCCUAGCAUGCAAGGAGGAGGAAAAACACACAGUGGAAAUGGAAAAUGGUAUUAACAAUGGACUAAGGCAGAGGUUUUUUAAACCAUGGUCGCCAACCUGGUAUCCAGUAAUUGCCGGACCUGUGCCAGUAGUAAAACGUGCCUGGCACUUGGGGAAUUUCGAACACUGAGUUGAACAAUGUGUCUCACUUCUUUGUCUUACUCCGUGUGCCUUGUUUCAUAUUCUGCAAGGAAAAAUGAGUUACGAGUGUGAGGUGGUCACCAACGGCAUUUGGGGAACUCCACUUGUAUUUUCCUUGUUCAAACUACAUGGGGACUGCAGGCUGUAGGUCUUGGUUUGUGAGCUCUGCUUCUCUCCUAGUUACUGUUCCUGGGAAAGUCUUGUGAUUGGCUACUGAGCUAGAAUUUUGUCUUCUGUGGCUUUGGGGUUUGUUGCCUUGAAUCAGUGAUGGCCAAACUUGGCCCUCCGGCUGUUUUGGGACUACAAUCCCCAUCAUCCCUGACCACUGGUCCUGUUAGCUAGGAAUGAUGGGAGUUGUAGUCCCCAAACAGAUGGCCAUCACUGCCUUGAAUUCUUCUUUUUGUGUGAGUAUUUUGCUGCCGUUAAUUCACAUUGGUGUUGUGGGGAGACUGGACUUAGCCCUGGAGAAGGAUAAGUUUCCAACUAGGGUUGCCAUAUUUUGAAAAGCAAAAGAGAGGAUGCUAUGGUGGCCAUUAAAAGCAAAUAAAUGCAAUUUGUCCCAAAUUUUACCCCCGGAAAAGAGGGUGUGUUCUGGGAAAAAGAGGACACAUGGCAACCCUAGUUCGGACUUACCUGGGCACUCCUCUUCAACUCCCUUCCUUUCCCUCCCUUAUGCUGUCACAGUUACAACCGUGUAGCUGGCUGACUUGAAGUUAUGAUGGCACAAUGAUGACACUGCACUGUCAUAACUAUUACUUUUGAGUUAUCCUGGUGUAGAGGAAGUAGUGAAAAUGAUAUCCCUUGCUCAGCUGGCAUAACUUGAGAGGUCAGGGCCAAUCUAUUUAGUGUGUAUGUUGGUAUUACAAAAGUUUUAAAACUAUAGUUGCAAUUCAAGAAAGCUGGACUGUAAGCAGGGGACAAAUGUGUAUGCAGCAAAAGGUGUUUUUCUUUAGGUAGAGCCCAAUCACCCUGCUGGACACCUCCAGGUUUAUGCAUGCUUGCUUCUCUUCUACCCAUGGCUAUUGAGAGAGUUGUAGCUUCUGUGUUUCUUGUUGUUAUUUAAAUUGACAUGAUUGUUGCUUUGCUUAUACUCCAUUGACAAUCCAUACCUGAAUUAAGGAACUCUCCCCCCCCCCUUCUUCCCUUAACAGGCUGAAGAAUGAUGUCUGCCUUCAGUAAACUCAAUUUGGGUGUUGCUGUUAGCAGUUUUGCUAUAUCUCAACUUCUCUUCCACGUGCUAAGUUCUUGGAUUUCUGCACGUGUAACUUCUGGUUUUAGCAGUCUUGACCAAAAGAAGAAGAUCGAAUGGAAUUCAAGGUAAAGUUUAUAAACAAUGGGAUACAACAAUUAAUAGAUUUUCAAAAACUUGUAACAAUUCAGUUGUGCUUCCUAGCACACUUGCCAAAAGAACAUACUUCCAAAACUCAAUUGAUCUUAGUUCCAUUUUUUUGGUACCGUAAAAAUAUUUGUUUUCUUUACACAAAAGCUGCUUUAGAUGUUAUAUGUUGAAAAGUGAGAUAUAAAUUGAAAUAAUAAAUAAGCACUGAUAAAUAAAUUUGAAAUUAAAGUGACUUGAGUUAGAAUUUAAAAAUAUUAAUGAACCUUGGUUGCCAUUUUGAUGGUGUCUUUAACUUUGUUUACAUAGUGUGCAUAUUACUGAGUUGCAGAAAGAUAUAUGUGGUUACUUAGGGGUGCCAUCUUAUUUACUGGCCCUGCUUCUGUGCUUUUAAGAGCAGUCAGGUUGCAUAUAAACUAAUGUAAGCUUUCUCUGUUACUUCAGUUCCGUACUAGAAAACUUCAUCUACUGAGUGUUUACUGUUAAAUGCGCAAAAAUGGGCAAAGCUGAAGCAGUGUUGUCUUGUCCUAAAUAAACUGAUAAGAGCACAAGAAGUACUUUUUAUGGAAUUUAGUAGGAGACUUAUAAGGAAAUAUUGGAUGGUAUCCUGUUUGCUGAUUCCUUGCCUUCCAUGAAUUGACCACUGAGAUGCAGUAUACUUCUGUUCUUAAUUAUGAAAAUAUACACACCAACUGAUUGUGAUAUGCACAUCUUGUCUGUGAUCCUCCUGCCCCCCACUGCAGAUGUCCUUUGCAUUUUGCUGCCUAAGUGAUACUUUGCAGUGCUCUUGUGGGAGAAACCAUUAAUCUCAUACAAAAAUAUAGCUUUAUCAGUUUGCACGGCACUUUACAGAGUUCAAGAGGACAGGUCCCUGCUCUGAGGAAUUUCUGUUUUAAAAUUUGACACAGGGAAAACGAACUACUUAUCAAUUUAUAAAAUAGUUAGUGCUCUAAAUGCAUCUUUCAUGUUGAAAGUAUUGCAGUUGAAUGUGAGAUCUACUUGUGGUGUAAGGAAAAAUACUACUCCAUAUUUCUAAGAGAAUAUACUUAGUGGUGCGCAUCUUUCUCUGUUGGAUACCAAAUGGUACCAAAUGAAUGGAUAUUGGAAGACUGUUUACCAACUGCAUUAAAGGAGUGGCAUUAUGACAGGCAAAGUUUGUGUUAGGCGUUUCUUAACUGAAGCCCCAAAGUGAGUGGAAGAUAAUGUUUGUUCAGUGUUUUAUCUCUGAAAACACUAGCAAACAGAUGUGUGGUGAACCAACAAAAGUUUCACUUUCUUUCUGUAAAUUUCUCUCUCUGACCAGGGUUCUUAUAGAUGACGGUUCAAUGCACUGAAAUCUAUGGCUCCAUUCCAAAGAUUUGCUGGACCUCUGUAUUUUCAGGGCUUCUCCUUCGCUUUAGUUUUGGGGAUGUGGUCACAGAGCUGCUGUUGAUGCCACCAAUGGCCUGAAUGAAAAAGCACACAUAGUUUAUGUAUUAGUGUUAGAGUUAUGUGUCAUGGUGUUGGAGUUCCUGUAUGUGCUGUCAUUCUUAAGUGAAGCUUAAACAGCAUUAAUUCAAGUUUCAUAUACCUGAUGUGUUAAGCUGGCACAGUUAUGUGCAGAGUGUAUGAAGCACUUUGAACCUUGGGACGCAAAUGACAGUGGCCAGAGUUGGACUUCAGUCUUUCAAAUUUCAGCAGCACCCUGUGAGACCAAAAUUUUGUGCCUCCCACCUCUGGUCUUCCGUUCUGCUCAAUUCUCUACGGUCAUAGUUGUGGCGCCCUGUGGUACUCCCUAGACUUGGUGCCCAGUAUGGUAGAACCAAAGCUCUGCCCUAAAUCUGCUUCUGCAAUGGCCUUUUGAAAAUGAAUAGUACAGUAGUGCCUCAGGUUACAUACGCUUCAGGUUAAGGACGCUUCAGGUUACAGACUCCGCUAACACAGAAAUAUUACCUCGGGUUAAGAACUUUGCUUCAGGAUGAGAACAGAAAUCGUGCAGCGGGGGCACAGCGGCAGUGGGAGGCCCCAUUAGCUAAAGUGGUGCUUCAGGUUAAGAACAGUUUCAGAUUAAGAACAGACCUCCAGAACGAAUUAAGUUCUUAACUCGAGGUACCACUGCAUAUAAUAACAAGGAACCCCCUUUUUGGUGUUAUCCUACUCUUGUUUGUAGGGAGCCUGGUAGCUGAGGUCUCCCUCUCUCACUAUGAAGUAAACUAAAUAAUGGCCUGCAAUGGGUGAGUUCUUUGAAACUCAUAUCUGCCCAGCUUUUGGAUGGCAUUGCCGUAUAAUAAUAAUACAGUUUCCUACAUGCAGAACAAGCACUUUGAAACAUUCUAGUGUAGGUGACUCUCAACUCAAAACUAUUUUCUUUGGAUACUACUUUGCAAUCUGUAUUAAUGGCAGGUGUUUCUGACGGAGGUUUAAAUAUUUUGAGAAUUUCUAGAAGCAUAUAAUUGUUGCAACCAACCCCCCCCCCCCAAUUUUAAAUCCAGUUCAUUCCUAAUAGGGUUGUGUUUUUUCUUUUCUUUUCAGGACGGUAUCAUCAUUCCAUGCCUUGUUGGUUGGAGUAUUUUGUUUGUAUAUUUUAUUGUACGAUGAAGCUGUAAAUGCUGACCAUGUUUGGUAAGGCACAUUCUUGCUUGUAAAUCUCCUCUCCCCUUUUCCUUGCCCCACUCGACUGUUCCAUUGCUCUUCACUCUGCUAGUCAAAUUAUUUCCAAGCUUAAUUUAAAGCAUAAGAUAUUUACCUCUACCAAUUGUACAGAAGUUCUAAAGUGUUGUUUCUUAUUUGUGUUGGCUAUAAUGUGGAGAAGAAUUCUGAGGUUCUGGAUUAUCAGAGCUGCUUAUUGAAGUUGCCUUUACAGUGAUAAAAUUCCUGUAAGCUUCCUCACUGAUAUCAUCAUCACCACCUUCUGCCUAAAUAAAUACUGUUUACCGCUAUAGCCAUUGUUUACCCAGGUAUUUGAUGGCUGAAGGAUGCUGCUCCUGGCAACCAUGAGACCACUGGAUAAGAGAAUGUUACAGUGCCUUUUUUGUGUGUUUUGCUUGUGGAUGUGUUUGCUGCCCUGGGCUCCUUCGAGAGGAAGAACGGGAUAUAAAUUUAAUAAGUAAAUAAUAAUAACAUGAGAUUCUACAAAUAAAACAUGUGGAUGAGAACUCUGUGGCAGCAUUAGGAAUUAGACAGCCAAUACUGUGCAUACUUUUUCUUAAUAAGGUGCUGAUGCAGGUAGCUGAGGUUCAGCAUGGUUUGCUGGUAUAAACGCCGCAUGAAAUUAUAGAUCCCUUUUUCAGAAUCUCUGUUUGAGGCCACUUUGCUUCCUAAAACGUUUUGUAAAGAUGACACAAAGCAUUGCACAACGAGGGUGGUCUUUCUAGAAAAUGAAUGUUGGUAUUGAGCUUGCAUUUUCACUGAAAAGCAGCACAAGAGAAAUGUGGCUAGUUGCUAUUGGAAGCAACUCAUUGGAUUGUGUGCUUUGUGUUCCCUUUACCUGCUCUUAAUUCCACCUGGGGAGCACUACAAUAAUAAUGGGUUAGAUUUCUGUACAGGAGAUGGGGGGAGGACUUACCAGAUUUUAAAUCUAUUGAGUAAGAAACUGACAUAAAUCUACUGACAUAAACUUUUUUAAAUGCCUGAUUAUUCAGGGAGAGAACUAGUUUCCUUCGUUAGACUAGGAGUUCUUUGGAUGAGCUUUGAAAUAGUUUCAAUCUUCAGUUGGCUGUGAUUUAGCUAGCAUGUUGGGGAAUAAGAAGAAUGUUUAAAGGCUAUAUUAAGUUCUUCUUUCAGCAGCAUCUACUUGUCUAAUGCAGUAAAAAGUGCCUGAUUCUUUCCUACCACCGCUACUAAGUUUUUAAUAGCAAAUAAAAUGUAGGAUUCCACUUCAGUUGCUGAAGAUCAAAUUGGAGAUUCUCAUUAAUUUUGAAGUUUCAAGUUUUUGUUGCUGGUUUUGAGGCGUACAUAUUUUCAGCUAAUUUGUGGAGUGGGACAGUAGUUCUUGGCACUGCAGUUUGUAUGCCUUAUCUGCAUAUGUCUGCUGGGUUUCAGUUUGUUCUCAUACUUUCCUUUUUUAAAAAAAUAAUCAAGCAACAAUUGCCAGAAAUCUGUGCAAACAUCUUCACGAGAAAAUUCAGCUACAACUUGCUGUUGGCUCGCUAUCAUGAGAAUCAAGGUGAAAUGUAAUUCAUGAUGGGCAGAGCAAUCUAAGCCCUCCCUCCUUAUACCGGGCUUGGGGGAGAGAGUUGAAAUGAAUGGAGGUAUCCCUCUGUCCAGCUUUCCCAGGUAAGCUGGUUACUGCUGGAGUAACACUAGCGUCACUUUGUGCUCACUUCCCCCUUCUCCACAAUGUGUGUGUUGGGGGAAGACUGCCUGUAAGAUCUAUGCUGGCAGCAGCCUGUAGAAAAUGAGGUGUUGUGAAAGUGAUGAGGGAAUGAACCAUCCUGUAUAUUUUGGUUCCCAAUCCAGGCCUAUUCAUUGCUCCCUGUUGUGCACAGCUCUGUACAUCCCUGCUGUGGGUGUUGGAUUGCAACUGAAACCUAGGAUCGCUUUAUUUUAAGUGAGCACAUUGUUUUAAGUGGAAACAAACUUGCUUCUAUUUAUUAGGCCUAAAUAGUUUUAUACAAUUUACAUUGAUGCAACGUUUAUACACUGUAUAGAACCUGGACGCAUGUGGUCUAUCUACGAUUGGAAUGCCGUUUGCACACUCCUGUUGAUGUUUAGUACAGCAAGAGUUUGCUUUCCAUUUUUUGAUUAGUCCGCCAUGGUUUGAUUUUAGUUGACGUUAUGACUGAUGAUAAACACUGAAAGAAACGCUGAUGAAAUUGAAAUGAUAUUGUAUGAUCAUGGUUUAAAAUUUGUCUUCUCCCUAGAGAAGGCAGACCUAAGCUCCAAAGUCAGUUUAUGAAAGAUUUUCUUUUUUAAUUAGGAACUCUUUCUUGCCAUUUGAGAAUUGGAACAAUUAGAGGCAAAUAUAAUUAAGUCUGGGAAAUUGCAAUUUAAAUGUAGGUGAAAAUUACAGGGGAAUGACAAGCAUGCCACAGCCACUUUUCUUCCUUUUAUGUUGGCUACAUUCUUCAGGUAAAAGGUUGCGAUGAAGAUUCACAAAACUUAGAUUUAUUUAAGGCUCAAAUAUAGGUCUUACAUUAAUUUGAAGCCUAAUCCUCUGUCUUGUCUAUCAAGUUCAUAUGUUGCAUCACUGGGGAUCAUUGUGUACAUGUGAGAUAUAUCUGCAGUGGGUCUCUCCUCAUAAACUCCUCAUCAUUCUCAAUUGCUUUUGCCUGGCUAGAAUGUGUCCUUGAAAUGUGAUAAUGCCUUUUGCUUGCCAGGAUGAAGGAUGGAGAUAUUUGCAGGAGGAUGUAUGUCCAGCCUCAGACUUUUGUGAGGCUGGAAUGUGACUCUGCAUCUAUUGCUCCACCCAUUUUGCUCUGGCCCCUAUUCCUGGCAUGUAGCCCCUAGAAUGGUAGCCCAUUUGUUGCAGAUUUGUGUUUUAUUGUUUAUGCAAGUGAAGAUGAACUACAAAGACAGGAUAAAAUAGCUUUUGACUCCCUGUGUCUCAUCUGUGAGACAAGCAGAAGAUUGUAUUGUAGUAUCAAACUGUAUUAACAAAAAAUGUUUCAAAAUUUAGGGGAAAAAACAAAAAAAUCCAAAUGUUUCCCCAUGCAGAUAAAUGACUCUUGGGCUGAAAAAGCUUCUCCAUCUCCAUUUUCAUGUAUACAUCUAGCCUAAUCAGUGAAGGUUAGGAAGCAGAAGACAGAGGACAAUCUACCAUUUCCUGCGCACAGAGUCACAACCCAUCCCACCCACAUAAAGGGUGAAGGUGAUGGCAGAAAGAUUAACAAACUGGUUUGGCCAUCAGUCAGUAAUGGAUUAGCAUGUUGCUUGUCGGCCCCAUAAAAACUAGCAAAGCAGCAGAAAGGAAGAGAAAAAAUGUCACAGAAUGCCUCUGAAAAUCAUUGGUAUAAUGAACAAGACUAGAGAGGCCCAACAGAGCUGCUACUUUACCUUUUUGUCAUAUGUCACGGUUAGUUAAACAUUUCUUAUUCCCUACACCAUCCCAAAUUGUGUGAGAGGGUAGAAAAGUGGGCAUGAGGGCAGGCAGGGUGUUUUUCUGGGGCAUGGAGGCAAAUAUUUCCAUAUGUGUUAACAAAUAUACAUAUAUGUAGUUGUCAUGCGCAUGUUAUAACUUUUGCAUCCUUUGUGUCAUUGUUAUAGGGGUGAGCCUUCUACAGUGCAACUAAACCUUGCUAUUACUUCAGGCUACCUCAUUUCUGGUAAAGUAUACAACGUUAUUUGUAAAGUUUGUUGUAAUUUGCACCAUGCACAACUUAACUUUUUACAAUAAAAAUAUUUACCAAGGUAUUAGCCUUUAGGAAAUCCUGUUUCUUAGAAAGCAUAAUUUACCUUACUUGCCUUUUGUGUUGGGGGGGGGGGAGGACAUGCUAGUGGGAAAUAUGAUUAUAUGCUUACCAACAAUAUUGUAAUGUUGUAAGCUUUUAGUUCCUCUGCCAGCUUCUAAUACUCUAAGGCUGAAUACAGCCAGUCAUUCCUCUGAAGCAACAGGAAUUACCCUCCCCUCCCCCCUGCCCCACUGCAGUAACCCUGAUCUGGCACCAGUAAUUUGAUAACUGUAGCAACGCAACGAAUUGGAAGAGAAGCUAACUAAACCAGAUGGCAAGCAUCUUCUGGUCAGUUCAGUUUUGUUCCUCUGAAAGUUGAGACUCUCCCCCCCCCCCCCCGCCCCCAUCUUAAAGGGCUGCAAAAAAUGCAUACGUGAAUAUGCAUCUUUUCUUUUGGGCCCUAAAACAUAUGGCAAAACCAAAAAUAAUUUUCAAAAGUGCUUUCGGCAUUGUGGGGUGGAAUUUAUUAUUAACUGUGGAUGCUGUGCAGGGGUAAUGGAUAGCAACAUCCAAACAACCAUAUGGAAUUUGAAACAACUUUAAAAUUGGCUUGAUUAUUUAUACCUGAGGUUCAUAUUAGUGAGAAGCAGCACUGUCAUAUGAUUAGGUGCCACAAUCCAGGCUUGGGGCUCCAUUUCCUGAUGAUAUGCUGGAAACUAUAACCCUGAUACCAUGAAAAAGGGUUGCUAUCUAUUUUAUAGCUGCCCUUUGCCAAUCCUUCACUUUUCUCAUUGUCAGUAGUUUGACUGGUGUGCCCUCUCUCUGGAGGUGCCACUGCAGUGGUAUGUUUGGACUUGUUUUUUUUUAAUAGAUUGCAUUAAAUAUAACCCCAAUGGAACUGGCAAGUAGACUAUUAUUAUUUUAUUAUUUUAAUUGAUUUAUACCAAUAUCUACCUAGUGGCUCUGUUCAUGGGUGCUUUCAGUUUUAUUCUAUGAAAGGAGGAAAGCUCAGCACGUUCACUAAAAAUGUCAGUAGCACAUGAAGCAUUUUCCUCAGCAUAAGAUUGAAAUCCCCUGUACACUUUAAAUUCAAGUCCUCAGUUUCAGUGCUAUGACCUCCUAAGAUUUAUUAAGGGAAACUACUAUUGUAUUAAAUUUCUGCAACAAAAUUAUUCAACUCUCUGGUGCAGAAGUGCUAAACUUGAACAGCCUACCCGAUAAUUUGCAUGUGUGCGUUUUGAGACAAAAUGGUGAACAACAUAAAUGCCUUCCAAGGCUGGUCCUAUCCACACAUACACAAAAUCUACCUGAAACAGUGGACACCUGCAUUCAAGUCAGCACAUAGCAGCAACAAGGGAGUCAUGGGAAAGCUUUGACAUGCUAAGUAUUGUAUAAUGGCUACUCAUGCAGAAAGGGUUUAUAUAGCGUUGCUGUGCCAGUGUGUAGUUGCUUAGGAUGAGGUGCCGCAUUGCUGUGUCACCAUGCUAUAGCCUGGCACUGGCUGGUGUGUAUUGCAGACUGAUACACCAAACACUGCAUUUAUAUUUCUGCUCUCAGCUUUCACUUCAGGAAUUAUUACAGAUUGUUUGUAGCAUAGAUUAGGAGAAGCAUUGCCACUUGCUGAGUAUUUGCAUGAUUUGAUACCUAUUUUAAUUCUUCUUCCUUGCCCCCAAAUGAUUGUCUAUUAAAUGCUUUAAGAUGAAAUACAAUGAUUGCAGAAAAUUACUGAGCCUUUCAUUUCUUUCUCUUUUUUUUAGAUUUGUUGCUUAUUAUUUUCUACUGGAAUGCGAUUGGGGAUAUAUAUUUUGUAAUUCACCAUUUAGUAGCUCUGUAUGCUUACUACUUUGUACUGGUGAGUGCUGUAUUGUUUUUGUAAUAGCAGAGCAAGGAGCCAUGUGGGAUUCAUAAUUUGAACGUUAUUAGUCAUUUAUAGAGCGCCAUCCAUGUUCAUAGUGCUUUCUAAAGAAUGAAAGGAGAGGUCCCUGCCCUAAUGACAGAACAAAGGGAUGGCAAUGGGGGUGGAGUAAAAAGGUGAGGGAUAUUAAAAUAUUUGGGCUACACAUACUUAGUUAUAGGAAAGUUUGGGGUCUAGGGGAUCAUAGCAAUGUCUUCACAGAAAUAUAAUUUUUAACAAAUUUAAAACUUGCGCAUUACAUAACGUCUAACUGUUCCAGCAGCCAGUGCAAAUAUUUGAGCAGAGUUGUAAUAUGCUGAUGGAACCUCACUCCUGUCAGCAGUUGUGUUGCAGCUUCCUAUUUUUCAGGUGGCACCAGGGACCCACUUACUUGGAUUGGCUCCUCUUUGGUUCAAAUGCCAGUCCAGAGAGCCUUUAGAAGAGGCAUUGAUGAGGUUCAGAUUUGUAGUUCUACUCUGUCACUUGUGUACUUUUUUUUGUUUUUUUGACUUGUUUGUAACUAACUUAACUAAUUUCCCUCAUGAUUCAAAACUUCUCUUCUACAGAGCACAGUCUUAUUUGGGACGAUGUGCUGACAGUUUUAAAAAAUUAUGAGCAACCGGAAUGUUUGUAAGCAUUACAUAAGAGCUUAGCAGCAGAGCCAAUGGCAAAGGAAGGCUCAUCUCCAUUAGCUGAAGCCAGAGCUCUUGGAAACAAGGCUACAGAGGUCUCUGAUAAUGCAACUUGUUUCUGUUGAGUAUGUGGUUUUGUGGGUUAAUGGGUAAAACUAAAAUUUUGUCAGCAGAUCUUAAUUUCAUAUCUCAUCUGAUCUUUCUUGAACCAUUUCAAGUACCCUAAAAGGUCACCAACCUGGGUUUGACCUUGCUAGAAGAUAUAAUUCAGUUUUGAACAUUAUACAAUUUUAACAACAGAAUGCAAGGUGCAUUAAGUACUUGAUGUACAUAGGUGGUGUGGGAACCAAACUGAGGGAGUUUAAGCACUUUUCUAAAGUGUAUUCUGUUUAAUUAUGUACAUUUAAUUUGGCAUUUUGUAGAAAUAUAUACAGUAUAUUUCAAUUUGUAUAUUUCAUCUUGUAUAAUAAAUCUUUUUUACUGCUUUUCUGAGACUUUCUCUCUCUCUCUCUCUAUAUAUAUAUCUGAUUGUGAUAAUGCUUAUUUUAUCUAGGAAAGAGGACUGUUGGCAUACUUUGCUAAUUUUCGUCUGCUUGCAGAAAUAUCUACCCCUUUUGUGAAUCAGCGGUAGGUGACAUUUUCUUACAUUAAUAAGCUGUUCUUAACUUGCCUGUUGCCAAGAGUAUGUAUUUCAGGGACUAUACAGCAAGACCUGUUGUCAGGUCUUUGCUCCGAUGCGGUUCAUUCAGUAGGUAGUAUUCCAGUCCAUAUCAAAGUAUAUUAGAAAUGGCAGUAGUCCACUUCAAAGGGUUGUUGUGAAGGCAGGCAUGUUAAAGACUGUAAAAGAAAAGAAACUUUGGGGAGGCAUCCAAGUAAGUUAUACUCAGAGUAUGUCCAUUGAAAUAAAUAUAAUUAUUUAGGCUAUUGGUUUUAUUCAAUCUUGUCUUACUAGUUUCCAAACACAAAUGUUAAUGGUAGGAGCCAUUUUAUAUAAUUCUAGCAUUCCUAAGUUUAUUUUAUAUUUAUUCCACCUUUCCUCCCAAAGUUGCACAGGGAGGAAAACAACAAAACAGCAAAACUACACCCACAAUGUUUUAAAAACAUGUGAAAACAUUUUAAAACAGUCCCAUAACCUCACAGUUAAUAAUUUCAAGGUAUAGUAUAUUUCAGCCAUCAAAUGCUGGGCUGAACAGGAAUGUUUUUAAAUUCUUCCUGAAUGUUGAUAAUAAAGAGAGCCAGCCACAAGGACGAGCAUUUCAUAAAUGGGAACUACUUCCAAUAAGGCUCUGUCAUGGCACCACCAACAGGGCCUCUGCAGCUGUUUGUAGGGCUGAAGAUGGUUGAUAGUGGGAGAGACACUCUUUUCCAUACAGAUAAAUUAUUUUUGUUAGCCUAUCAGAGCAAUGAGGAACAUUUUUAAAUACUGGAGUAUUAACUUUCUUAAUAAAAUUUUGCUUUGUAUCAUUAAAUUUUCUCCUUUUUGUAACUGGCAUAAAUCCUCUCAAAGCUGCAACACAAAAUAAUGUUAGCAAUUACCAAUUUUCAGCCAGUCUUCAAUUCUAAGCAAGACUACUUUUAGUCACAUAAACUGAGGAAUCGUUACAUACAAGAUUGGAAUUCCCUUAUACAAGGAUACUUGAAAUCUACUCAGUAAACUGAUGCAAUUUUGGCACUUGUAUUCAUUGUCAGGUAUUGCAUAUGUGCAUCCUAAUCUUUUGCAAGGUAUAGCCUAAUUUUUUCUCUCCUGGUGGUGCUUUUUGUUAAACUGUCACUUUGAUAAAUUUUGGCAUACAUCAAAGGUUUCAGUCAAAACCUAUCACAAAACAUGAGCAGCCUGAGCAUUAACAUGGCUGCAUUUACACAUUCCUGGUCAGCUGUAGUUUGGCUUACUGUGUCGAUGUAAAGAGUGUAUUCCACACUACCAUACUUUGCUGUCACAGCAUUAAUUAACUAACUAGUGUUCUGUUUAAUACUGUUCCUGUACAGUGGUGCCCCGCAAGACGAAUGCUUCGCAAGACGGAAAACCCGCUAACCGAAAGGGUUUUCCGUUUUUGAGUUGCUUCGCAGGACAAAUUUCCCUAUGGGCUUGCUUCGCAAGACGAAAAUGUCUUGAGAUUUUUUUUUUGCUCCCCCCCCUUUUUCUAAGCCGCUAAGCCGCUAAUAGCCUUUUAGCAGCUAAGCCGCUAAGCCUUUAAUAGCCGCUAAACCGCUAAUAGCGCUAAUCCGCUAAGCCGCUAAUAGGGUUGCUUCGCAAGACGAGAAAACCGCUAGACGAAGACACUCGCGGAACGGAUUAAUUUCGUCUUGCGAGGCACCACUGUACUUAAACAGGCAGCUUUAUACAUUAAAAAAAAAAAAUCAAGGUUCAGCCUUACUGCUUAGAAUUUGUGGGUGCCAAUUCAUUAUAUAGUAUUACUCAUACCUUCACCCUCAUUUGCUUCUCUGGGUAUUUUUAGGUACAGUACAGCAGCCCUUGUGUUUCUUUCUAAGUCUUUUAAAACCUGGUUCUUGUAGUAUUCUCUGAUGCUACUGUCUUCCCACAGUCUGUGGCUUAAACAGCAAACUGUGCAGUGUCUUUUCAUCCUCUGGAAUGAAGGGCAAAUAGGCUUCCCCUUUCUGCUAUGUUAGAACUGUGCCAACACAUUUUUUCUGGCUUUCUCUGCCAUGUCCUUAAGAGAUAAUGGGCUCAAAUAAUUUAAUUGUUUCUAUUAGAAGGCUGCUGAGGCUCUCUGCAGACAAUUGAGGGCCCCUUCUGUCAUUACCAUUGCACUGUAAGGAGGAAUCAUGUGACAGUUACUCCCAUGCCACAAUGUAAUGUCUGAAUCCUCAAACUGUACUUGAUGAACUAUCACCAUGGCUACUUCCCAUGCUGCUCCCAGAUGUGGGGGCAACACUGGUGUGGGAAGAAGCUGUGGAGCUGACAUUUCUCAUGUGGUGCUGAUGGUGGCGUUUUGUAACUAAUACAGUGCUUGAAGAAGCGAAAGCUCCCAUGCAGAGAACUUAAUGUCAGAAGGGGGCCUUAUUAUAGGCUAAACUUAAAAUUUAAUGCAACAGCUAACCGGAUAAAUACUGCACCCUGUUGGCAGUUGCUUCUUUGAAAUGAGGAAUUGCUAUAUUUAUCAAUAUAAAAGAACCUCCAGGACUUCCACUUAAGUACAAGAACAGUCAACGAAUGCACAGCCUUUUGUACGAAAAGAUCUUGAAAGGAAAGUUCAGCUGUGAUCUUGCUAAUGUACUGAAUACAAAAUGCCUAUCUGCCUGAGAGAUUCAUACUGAGACUUUGGAGAUUGUGAAGCCUUAUCAGUGAAAAAGGACAUAUUCCUCUUUUGAAGCAGUGUUCUAAAAAUAAAACUAACUUGCUACUUUAUUUGAUAAAUGUUUGCAGAAGGUGGCGAGAGAGAGUGAAGCAUUUGCUAUCCCAUCGGCAUUCAUAUAUAGAUUUAUUAAAUUUGAGAAGAACCAGAUGGUAAAUAAUGUAAAUUGUUGACACUAGCUCAGAUAUACAUGUUUGUAUCAUUAACAAAAAUGAAGUAGUCAAGUAAUGCUACUCUGUCAUAUUUUUAACUUUUGAACUCAGUGACCUUUGCAAACAACCCAAGUAUCCUUCUAAAAUUGUCAACAAAAAGUUUUAAAAGCCUGAUAUGUCAAGCUAGUGUGUACAGUAUUAACCAGAUACUGUUCUGAAAUUGGAAGCAACAUAUUUGAUUAAUGUGUUGGAGAAUAUUUCUCAGCCAAACCAAAUCCAAGCUUCCUUCCUUCCUUCCUUCCUUCCUUCCUUCCUUCCUUCCUAUUUGGUAGUUCUAGCUUGUGGAUCAUUUUGCAGGAGCCUUUGUGGUUUGAACAAAUGACAUGCUUAUGUGCAUAAAAAAUAGAAUCAUAGGUCUUUUCCACUUGCACUUUGCGAACCCUGACCAUCUGUAAGUCAGGCUUUGUUUAAAUAAACUUGCGGCAAAGAUCAAGAGCCUGCUAGAAACCCUGUUACCAUCCUGCUUAUGUUUGGGCCAAUAUGUAACCCUGUGGGAUAGCUCAGUCAAUAGAGCGUGAGACUCUUAAUUUCAGGGUUGUGGGUUCAAGCCCCAUGUUGAGCCAAAGAUUCCUGCAUUGCAGGGGGUUGGAGUUGAUGACCCUCGUGGUCCCUUCCAACUCUACUAUUCUAUGAUUCUAUGUACACUGUGGAGUAGCAUCUCUUGUACUCCCAUGUCAUGUAGCUCUCGUUAAGGAAAAAUGCAAAAACUAUUUGGGAGCAUGGGAUAGUGUAGGGAAAAGUAUGCCGUUGUAAGAAAACUAGAUUGGGGAGAGGUAUUGGCAGAGAAAUAUAAUCCUACUUUAACAGAGUGAUGUGGAAAUCAGCCAGUGGAGUAUAGUAACAAUGCUAACUGCUGUAACAUAAGCAUCUGCCCUAAAUAUGUUUUGUCUGCUCACAUGUGGAGAGGGAGAGGCAAAGCUUUGAUAUUGUCUAGGAUUUGGCAAGAUGUGACUUUCACUUUUCCAGCACAUGCCCUUUCUUGCAGGCCAAAAUGGAGUAGUGCUGAACUCUUUGUACUCUGCUUCUAGAGCUUUCACGGAUUUCAUUUCAGUACCAAGGUUCCAUUCGUUUGGAUCUGCCAGGAAGAUAAAGGACAUUGUGUUACAAUAAUGAAGGAACCACUUAGAUCUGGAACAGAGUAUUUCACAAAAUGCAGCACUGUGGGAAAAAAUAUCAAAGUACACUAACAUUGUAUCUGGUUACAAUUUGGUAUAUAUAGAUAUAUAAAAAAAGAUUCAUAACAUUAGCAAUUCUGAAUAUCUUUACAGAUAUCUUUGCAGCUUUCUAGCUGCAUGAAAGUGAUGAGAAAUGAAACUAUGAUAAAAGUCAGAAAUUCAGAAUGCUUGUAGAGCUGAUGGAAUCUUUAUAUCCAAAUCUGAGUCUGUAUUCAGAGGUUGAACUCACAAAAUUUUAUUUAAUUUCUGUUAAUAUUUUUUCUCUUGCAGAUGGUUCUAUGAAGUACUGGGGUAUUCCAAGGCAUCAAAAUCUAACAUCAUCAAUGGACUACUAAUGACAAUCACAUUUUUCCUGGGGAGGAUCAUAGUCAUCCCAAUUUAUUAUGCCAAGGUUGCUGCUGAGGUAGGAACAGAAGCUUUCGACAGAUUAGGACUUGCAGCUCAAAGCGCCUGGUUUAUCUCCAGCAUUAUCUUGGACAUCAUGAACUUAAAGUGGAUGGUCAAAAUCACAAAGGGAUGUUACAAAGUUAUUUGUCUUAUUGGACAUGGAGAAGCCAAAGCUAAUAAGAAUGGCAAAUAUAACUAGAAGAUUUCUAAUGCAACAACCAUCUAUAACGGGAACUCUGGGUUCUUCGAAAGAACAAUGCACACUUUUGCCAUAAAAAACUCCUGUUAAGGGAAAAAAGGUAUUACCUCUGUUCAAUGUAGCCUUCCUCUUGGCGCACUGCCUGGGCACCCAGGGCCACUUCAUUUGAAGACUUGUAUUACAUGGAAUGGGAAACAGUAACAUGCUGCAUAUACAACCUUGGUAGUGUGUUCUAAGCACUUAAUAGGCAAAUGAACCUGUAAAGGAACAAACUUUUUUAGCAGUACGUUCCUAUGAAUUCUCACUCAGGUUUCUUAGACGAUUGUGUUUUUAAUGCCGGUGAAUGUCAGGAUCUUUGGUUUACAUUCUGCUAAUAUGGCAACUUUCCUGGCAUGUUUCUCUGCUUUCUUAAUGUAUGGUGUUCAUAACUGAGGUUUCAUCUUUUGACAACUUUUUUACAUUUUUGCGAGAAUUUUGCUUUGAAUCUAUAAUCUUUUACUACGUUUUCUGCUGCCUUGUAUGCAUGCACAUGAUCUUUUCUAAUUUAUAGAACAGUUUUACAUAAACACAUACCAUAGAGUUUAGGGGUUCUUUUUCUUUUAAAUCAAUUACUUGUAUUGAUUCUUUCUGUACAUAAAGGAAAACUGCAGCCCCCCCCCAAGGUUUUUUGUUUUUUUUAAUAUAUGUGAAUUCUAGCACAUGCUUGCAUGGUAAACAGUAUGGACAUAAGCAAAUUCUUGCACCAGUGUUCCUUAUCUAUCAUGGCUAUUGGAACCUAUCUAUGUUUUUAGUGUAGUGUCAUUUAACAAAAGGAUUUUUGUGGGGUGUGAACUACAGCACUGAAGCAGGAAAAAACUAACGAGUCUAGAACAUGUGAAUCUGUCACAAGAACUACUGUGCUUGUUAAGUUUAAAUUGUAGCUAAUGCAUUCAUUUUCACUGACAUUCUUAUCACUCUCUUUUUUCUUUAAAGCAAGUUAAAAAACAUUGCUUUACUAAGUUGGAAAACCCUAUUUAAAAAUAUAUAUACAGUAAAUGCAUUUUAUUAUUUUCAACUUCGGAGCAGCUCUACAAAACUGAUAGGUUGAUAGUUUCUCUCCAAUGAUAGAAACUUCUUUCUUCAAGUGGCUUAGCUCUCAACAUAUUUGCAAGAGCAUGUUGCUGAUGAAUACUAUGUAAAAAGGAAACACAAGAACAGAUAAUGGUAAUCUACUUGUUUGCAUUAAUUUUACAAAUGUUCUCUGCUAUAGUGGCCUCCACGUUUAUGGUGUAUUCUAUUCUUGUGUUGAUCAACUAGUCAGUUGACAGGUCUUUGUCUGAUUGUUAUGAAUACCAUGUGUCAUAAUUUGCUAAUAAGGUUGUGUUCAUUUUCAUGUUUGUGAUGCAAAUAUGCAGGAGUAUUGUAGAGAACAAGCUGUUUUCCUGUACCUUUGUUUGUCCCUUUCAUGGUCCCUAAAGUGUUAGUUAUUCCAAUAUUUAUUUGUUAACAAAGCCUGGUGCAAAAGGUUAUUUGUCUUACAUAACAAAUAAUAGCCUGUGGUUACUAGUUAGUAUAGGUUUUUAAAAGUGAGUUAUUACAACAUGCAAAUCCCCCUUUUCUUAGAGUGCUUCUAACUCCUUAUAGCUUGCUAAAUGUUGUUGGAUUCAUAAGAUUAUAAUGCCUGCUCUCAAAGGUCUUUUAAAUUGCAUUUUAAGUGUCAUGACAAUCAAGACAAUUUGGAUCUGUUCUUCAUAUUAGUGUUAUAAUAUUUUGUAUAUUUAAUAUAAACACAGAGGCCCUGUUCAGAUACUCAUGUUCAUCCCUUGAUAACUGUAACUUAAGUGUUGACUUGCAUUUGUGAAAGAUCGUUGUAGACCCCAUGAAUAAGAGGGAUAGAAAUUUCCUGUCACCUCAAAUGUAAUGUUUGUCCAUGGUGGCACUUUACACAUUCAGCCUAGGCUCCAAAUUUUGAGAGAUCAAGUGAUAUCCAUGCAUGUGUCAUUCUCUUUCCUGGAGGCUUUUUUGAGUGUCUGGAUAAGAAGCCUAGAAAUUUAAAUCAUAAAUAUAUUCAAUUUUUCCUGGUAGAAACAGAAAGUUGCUAACAAACAUAUUUUUAUAGUUUAGACUCAUCUUUUAUGAAAAGACAGCUGUUAGGUGCAAGCAGUAACAAUAUUGGGUGCUGUUUAAUCCUUCUAAUUUGAUUUGCCUCUUUUGAUUGUAAACUGCCUUCUUUUAACACAUUUGUUAACCAUUACUUUGGGUUAUCCCUGAAACAAAAUUGAACACAUUUUAACUUUCUAAAUUAAAAACUUUUGAAAUAGCAAUCCAAUAUUAUGUGUUAGAAGAAAUCAUCCACUUAUGCAGAAUAAUGGAAGUAGCUUUGAAAGCUCUUCUUGCUUGUAGACAAACUUAUCCUCAGAUUGCUGGUUCAAUGAAGUGUUACCCACUAAGCUUUUCAAGGAACUACACAUACUCUUCUUACUCAUUUCAAAUGUAGCUAUUAAGCAGGACCCAGCAACUUCUUAAGCCAGUUUGGUAUGCUUUCCAUCCCCCACCCAGCAGCCAUAGCAGAGUGGUAUCUCCACAGUGCUACAAUCACCUGGAAAUAGUGAAGGUGCUCGUCUUCAUGUCCUUAUCCCACAUUUCUCUGGGAUUGCGAAAAUAACCCAGUUACAAAUUGAAGCACAGUUGCUUAUAGGGAAGUAGCAGGAUCCUACUGAACUGCAAAGAUCCAUGUCCGUGAACUUGGCAGCUGGCUGACCACUGUCCCUUAACCAGACUCAGGAUUUUUAAAUAUAUCUAUUCUUGCCCAAUGAGUAGGCCAGCCCUAAUUUGCUGUUGAUUUUUCUGGGUUAUAGAUACAGGUAGGUAGCCGUGUUGGUCUGCCGUAGUCAAAACAAAAUUUAAAAAAAUCCUUCAAGUAGCACCUUAGAGACCAAGUAAGUUUGUUAUUGGUAUGAGCUUUCGUGUGCAUGCACACUUCUUCAGAUUUUUCUGGGGGUAGGGGAAGGAACUUCAGUAGUUGCCCAAACAGUGUCAUGUAGCAGAUUGUGCUUGCAGAAGACCACUAUUUAUAUAUAUUGCAAAUCACUUCAAAGAACACUUGCUUUGGGCUGGAAAAGUACCCUUCAAAAUAUUUUAUCAAUAUUGUUUGCAAUUACUCUGUAAUAGUGAAUCACAAUUGUGCUUAUGCAUAGUUUCUUUUCCAUUAAAGUUGCAAUCCUGUAUUUACAUAUACAGUAGGUUCCACUGAACUAAGUGGCCCCUGCUUCUAAGUAGACAUGCCUAGAAUUGCACUUUAAUAUAUUUUGGCUGUGUUGUGCUUUACAUAUUUUGGAAUUUAAAAUAACUUAAUUUUUCUGGGCAGAUGUGGUAUUGUGGUAUCUUAUCAGAAAGUACAAGAUGCAUAAUUGGAGAGUCCUCUUAAUUUCACUACUUAUUUAUUACAGUUAUACAUAAAUCUUUUAAGCUGCUUUUUGAUCCAGAUAUGCAAUCAUUGUGUAGUCUUAUUUCUUUGUUUGGAUUUAUGUUUCCUUAUACAGUAUAUGCUAUAGCAUGAAGGAGUUGGAAAACUGAGGCAUUGAGCAGCUUCUGUCAUCCAUUAUUGUAUAUAGAUCACUCUAUAAUGCCAUCUUCCUUUCCUAAUGCUAAAAUAUGUAACUUGGAUCAAAUGGGUUGGAUCCAGAAUAAAUCAGUUGCUACUGAUUUAAUUGAGACUGAAGUUUAACUCACUUAACCUGGAUUCAACUCGAUUGUGUUUUACAACACUGUCAUGUACAGCUGGGAAACUUUUACACUCUCAGAAAAGGAGUGGGGAGGAGUGGGGGAGUAAUACCGUAGAUCAGGGCCAAAUAAUGAUUAUUGAGUUGUAUUUGUCCUUCAACAUUAUUUAUUUUUCUCCAACAUUAUGAUAAUUCUUAUGGAGAAAGUUGGUUUUCCUAACUGCACAUAUAUUUGAUGUCUGCAAAAGAGAAAGAUGGCAUGAAGACAAAAGAGGAUGGUGAAGCCAGGUUCAGUGGAAGCAAGUGCCUCCUUUAUUACUUUUCCAUCUACUCUAAGCCUGGUGGCUUGCAUCUGUGUACUUAGGACAUUCCUUUAUCCUCUGAGAUAACAGCCAGGAAUAUUCCAGCAACUCCGUAUGUGUUGCUUGAUGGAUGGUGAGAGUGGGGGUACGGCUUUCCAAACUUAGAAAGCUGACUUUCCCUGCUGUGGGUAAAGGUAAAAAAUACCCUAUUGCCUCUUUUAAAAUAUGCUAGCAUUUAUAAAUCACAUUUUAAAGUCUAGCAACUUACUCACUCAAACAUUGAUGUGGCCUAAUGUGUUGUAACUUAAAGGUUGUUGGUUUUUUAAGUCAUUAUUUCCUUGUUUAAAAUAUGGGUUAGAAGUUAAACCCAAUUUCUUUAAGGUUAUCAUCUCCAUUUAUCUUGGGAGACAUAUGAGUAGAAAAGGGCAUUUAUACACCCUAUAGCUGCUCUGAGAGAAGAAUUACUAGCAGGAAGCCAAGAUCACAGCACCCUCUUAUGUGAGGGUCCUCCUAUUAAAUAAGCUUUGGAUUCAAGCCCUUUUUAUCUACUACAGAUUCCUUUGAGCUUUACUAUUAAUGCAUUCUGAUACUGUCCCCCAAAAUAUUUGGAGAAAUAAUACUGUGAGAGUUAAUGCACCGUGUAAUGAAAAUAGUAGUUCAGUAUGCAGAAAUAAUGAAAGGUAAUGUUCUAGAAGCAGGGGAAGAUUUUUUUGCUACACAGCAGAAACUGUUAAUCAAGGCCAGUUGAUUAAACAUCCGAAGAACAUGUGUGGGGUAGGGGCUUUGCAUUUGUUUCUGGGACUGGGGACCCCAUGCCACAUUGCUGCUUUUAAAACUCAGAUGAGUUUUUAAAAAGUUAUUUGUGAACAUUUUGCUUGCCAUUUUGAAAAAAGAAAAAUGAAACUUCAUACAUGUGUGCAAAUCCUAAAGUAAAUUGUUUGGAUCUUGGUGAAUUAGGCUGCAAUCCUUUACUCACUUACUUUGGCAUAAGUUCCAUUGAAAUCAAUGGGAUUUGCCUUUGUGCAGGCAUGUAUAGGGUUGUGCUGCUAACUGCUUUGAAAAUCCUUUGAAAUACUUACUUAAAAUAUGCCCUUUUGAUGUCCUGCUUGAACAAUUUUAAACCCCAAGAUGGAAUAAUAAAUAUAUUCUCUCAUACCUGGUUGAAGGUGAGUUUUGUUAUUUUGUACUAUAAUUAAAAUCAUGUAUGCUAGCAGCACCAUCUUCUUUAACCCUGCAAGGCAAAUGAGCCUGAUGGGAAAACAGAGAUCAUUUUAUAUUCAUACUACUAAUCCAGUAAUAGCCUACAAAUCAUGCCUGGGGUAACACUGGCAUUAUGAAGUAGACCCUUAUGCUAGUGAAUUCCAAAAUACAGAAAGUGAGAAUAUAUGUAAUGUAUACCUAUGCUUUUGACUGCCUAAUAUUGUGGUCCCCCCUUUCAUUAGACAUAUCUCUGAGUAAUCAAACUGGGUCAAAUUAGGCAUAAUAUGAAAACUCCAUGACUUUAAUUCCUGACAUUUUCUUUUUUUAAAAAAGGCAGAAGCAGAAACACUGAUCAGGAUUGAGCAAGGCAGGGGAGUUAACCUGUUUUGCCUGUCCAAAUUUCUGCUGAAUAUGAUCUCACACAUGCCCCACAACUGUUUGCCCCAGCAUAUGGGAAAAAACACAUGGGGUGAUGUUUCUGAAAGUUCUUUAUUUUUAAGUUGCAGCAAAUAUGUUCAGAGCCAGUGAUUUCCAGCAGGGAAAUACCAUGAGGGCAGGUUAUAACACCACCACCACUGUCUAUUUUGGAUCAGCCCCCUCCCCCCCGGCCACAGCUGAUUUUUUUAAGAAACAGAUUUUUGUAGUUCUAGCCAUAGAACUCCAGCAUCUCACCUAGUUUGACCCUCUUCCUGACAGGAACAUGUUUGUGGGAUUGUGUCUGUCAGUUAUGAAAUCUUAAGAGUUGUAUCAAAUUGUGUCUUGGAACAGUCUUUGAUCCAGCAAAGUUUCUUUGAGAACAAAAAGUGGUGGAGGAGAGGUGAUUUUUGCAAAUUACGACAUUCUCCUGCGGCUCAGCUUUAGGGACUGCAACAGGGAACUCCAAGAGGAAAUGGGGAAAUUGCCCCACCCCUUUUCUGAUCCUAGAAGCAUCCUCUGGAUCACAGAGCCUUCUUGCAGCCGAGGGACACAAUCUGAUACAAUCUGUAAAUAUUUACUACAAACUGAAGCAGAUGUAUAGUUAAUGUAGUGUGUACUGCAGAAUAUAUUUUUUAAAAAGCAGUUGCUACUGGUGCCCAAAUUCUUAAGGAAAGUGUUCAGAAAUCUGGUUCAAAUAAAUAGGUCACAUUAUGUUUAAGUUCAUUUAAAUGCUGUUUAAAAAUACAAGAACCAAAUUUCUGUAUUAGUUUUCACAGAUGUUUUUCCCAAUCACACUACUGAAAUAAGUAUAAUAAGAUGCAUUGCUGAGUUGUAAAUCCAUGCUGGAAAAGGGGUGCAAUAGAAUCUAUGAUAUGGGGCCUUAUUAAAUCAUAGCACAAUGUUUGAUAAAGGCAGCACUGAAAAGUCUCUUACAGGGAUGGAGUAAAGAUGAUGGGCUAUGAAUCCUAUUGCACUACAUUGAAAGGCUGCAAUAUUCUUGAUUUGAUAGCCCCAUAAUGAUAAUGGCACAAAAGAGUGAGAUAGCACUAUUGACUUUAUAGGAUGGUCAAACAAUUUGUGAACUUUAACAUUUGCUUGAAUAUUUUUAAAUGUUGCUUGUGAUAGGCGUAUAAAUGGGUUUGCUCUUCAGUGGUAUUUGAAAGCCUUGCUGUUUGUGUAAAUUUGUGUAGGCUGCUCAUGUUUGAGGUAUAUGCAAUAAUGUCUAAGCAAUAAGUUGCAUGUGUAUUCAAGGCACUGGUAAAUAAGAAUAAAGGAAGAGAAUGCAGUAUUUAUUGGAAUUUCUUCAUUCAAAUUGUGUGUACUAUGUUAAGUAAAACACUCUACUCCUGUUAUGACAAACAGGAAUGACUUGGCACUCAUUGCCAGCUUCUGAAUAUGGCUACUUUAUAAAAAGGCUUAUUUCCUGUGGGAAAGGAGUAGCCAGAAUUUUCUUCUGCGAACAACUUUUUCAAUUAUUGUAUAUACAAGCCUAACACACUGUGAGGUAGAAUGAGAUGGCUGCCUCGUGUGGCAGAAUUAAGACACUAUAAAAAAGUAAUAGCGACCAGCUAAGUAGAUUUUUUAUAGUGAAGUGUGAAAAGUUAUCUUCUAUAUUGUGAUAAGCUCUUACAACCAAAUAUAAUACAUUUGGUUACAUAAACAUGAUCAUUGUGGACCCACAACAAGAGUUGCUGUGUAUCAAUACCCCUCCAACAAAUCUGGAACAGGAAUCUUGUAGUGCUGCUUGGAACAUAGGGUGGGGUGAGGGGUGAGGAAAGGGUGAAAUGGGUCAUUUUCUGUAUAUUUCUUCUGAAAUGUUUUUCUGCUGUGCUAUAGCACUAAAGUGGUCGGGUUUGCUGUAUAGUGGUAAUGAGAAGAUUUCUGAAAAGUGAAAAUGAUUUCCGUUCCCAUUCCUCUCCUGUGAAACCUCACUAUACUGUGUGAGACCUUUUUCCUUAUAGCAGUGAUUAAGUGUGUCAUCAGAUAUCCUUUCUUCUUGCUGAUUUUGUGAAAAAUGAGAGGUCUGUGAUGUGUGUCCAAAGGCUCUGGAAAGAAGAUCUUUAAUAUCAAACAAGUUGUUUUGGGGUUUGUUUGUUUUUUAAUGUGAUGUUAUGCCCAUAGUGUGCACAACCUCAGAAUUGCACAUGUAUGGUACUUUUUUGUCUUAAUAAGUCUGCCAAUUUGAUUUUGUGUGUGUGCCAUUUUGAGUUCAAAGUCAUAAUACACUGAUUACUCAACAGUUGUUUCCACCCAUCUAUUAAGACGGGCUUAUAUAUAUAUAUAUAUAUAUAUUAUUGUAUGUGAAGCAUUUUUAUCCUGCUUUUCAGGAUGGUUUCCAUUGCAUCUAACAAUAAAGAAUAUAACAGCAACAACUAAUUAAAAUCCAUUCAUGGAACUAAAAUAAUUACAACAAAACAGCAACACUGAAAGCAGAGAACUUCAGUAAGGGCAUUGAAGUUAUAAGCAGAAAUCCAGGUUAAAACUUCAUUCAUUAAAAGUGCUUGCAAAAAACGAAGCAGAGUCAUCCAAGUGUCCUUUAGGAACUAAUUUCACAACUAAGAAACUUGUAUCUGCUGACUUCAGAAGGCAGGACACCUUGUGCAGGCCUUACCUAAGUGGUUGUUCCCUCAGUGUGCAGUGUUCAUAAUUUUUAUAUCAUUUCUGGUUGUUGUGCCACUCCAUUAUUCUACAUCUGUAGAUUUCAAAUGUUUGCAGAACCUUCUUCCAUAUUUACUUGUUUGUUGAUGAAUUGUUGUGUGACUUCCACACAACCCCUGUGCCUCUUGCAAUCAGUUCCUGGGAAUGUUUGAGCCACAUACAUUGUUCAUGUGGGAUGUUAGUCAAGCCUGUUGAGUAUCAUUAACAUACCUUGCAUGAACUGAGGAUGUAAUUCAGUAGGCAGAGCCAUUAUUCCCUCUGCAGCUGCUUCUACUUGCAAAGUUAGUAGUGGUAGGCAAUCUUGUCAUUUUGUCUACUCAUUUGAACAGUCUUAAUAGCAGCACUAUAGUUCCAUGUGGACAUAAUAAAGCAAUACAAUAAUAUGACUGUGU